AUGGGUAGAAGAUUCAAAUUCACCAUGGAUUUAUUCAAAAACUUGGACCCAUACGAUAGGCGAUCAUCACCCCUGAUGCCCCCUGCCCACAAUGCACUUGUAAAUACUCCUCCCCCACGCGAAGAAGAGUCCAGUGGGAAACCUAUGGAUUUUCUUAAUGCCCAGCUUUCCACUCCGCCAUUGACAAAUGUCAGCCCUAAUUAUACAUACGAUCAACAGAACAAUGACUACUUCAGGUAUAAACUGAAACAUGCACAACCUCAUUUAAAUACGAAUCUGCCCAUAGUCGACAGAUCGCCAAAGGCUCAGAAAUUAAAUAAACUGCAUGAAUUGGGAGAAAAUGGUAACGAAUACUUAGAUGAUCUCGAACUGGAGCAAGAGCAAAUUGUAUCCCCAAUAGAGGAAGACCAAUCAUCCACAUGUUCCUUACUGGGAAGAAGGGGCUCAAUCGUUCCAUCUUCUGCACCAACUUCAACGAACACUCCUGUAUCGGAUGACAAAUCCUACAUACCCCUGACACACAGCUACAAGUUCAUGUGCGUAGAUGACAAUAAAAUAAACCUCCGGAUUCUUUCCAAGCUCAUUGGGAAGCUCUACCCAUACGCUGAUAUUCAUAUAACUACCAACCCUAUACAGGCAUUAACCAUGAUAGAAGAAAAUGACUACGACUUGUGUUUUAUAGAUAUAGAAAUGCCAGGGUUGACUGGUAAGGAAAUAGCUUUCAAAGUUAGGCAGACAGAUCAAAUCUUGGGGCUCAUUGCUGUCACUACAAAGGCAAGCCCAGAUGAAGUCUUAGAAUACGAAAGUUUGGGUAUUGACUCAACUUUUGCCAAGCCAUUGCAAUACUCAUACACCCACAUAAUGGAUUCCGUGGAUACAGUGAUAGAAAAGAGAAAGCAGCAAGAGUUGAAGUCCACGAGUACCUAG